GCGGGGCCUGGGGGGCGUCUGACGUCAUCGGGACGCGUCGCCGGCAGGCAUGGCGCUCUUCGCGGUUCGCAGGUAUGUUAGUGAUGAAGAGGAUAGUCCAGAAUGUAAGUCCCAGUUGCUCUUACAUCGGCUGCAGGAGCAAGCAAAGACUCGGCAGCUGCAAAAACAGGACCAGAACUGGCCCACUUCUGGGCAACGAAAGAGAUUGGCGCCUGGAACCCUUGAAGAAGAGGCCAACGAGGAAUUAAAGCAAACAAGCAAAAAGAAGAAAGUAAGUCAGGAAUCUCUUUCAGCGCAAAGUCACAGAGAAAAGGACCCAAGACGACAUGCUUGUGGGGCAGAAAGUUUGCCCGAGAAAGGAAAUGACUCAAACAAAAGUAAGAAGAAUGGUGGGAAUUCCAGAACACCUGAAAGAAACACAGAUGCAGUUCAAGAUGAAAGUGUGUUGGAGAAUCAUCCGGAAAGUAGAGCUACCCCAGCAGAAGAAUAUAUGGGAGGUUUUGGAGACAAAGAGAGUGAAGCCAGAGAGGAUCAGAUGAUGCUGACACCAAAUCCAAGAACAACUUCUAGCCUGAUUGUCCUUGGUCCUUGUAAUCAAAGGAAUCUGCACAAGGUACAACCUUUUGUGCCGCGGUGGUUUAGUCAGCCACAGCAGUUCCAGAGGCAGAUCAGAGAGAACCUCGUCCCUCUCCAGGAUGUUCCAGUCAUUCACCCUAAGCUGAGGAAGAAGCUGCAAGCCAAUGGAAUAGCAUCUCUCUUUCCAGUUCAGGCUGAAGUGAUUCCAGCCAUCUUGGAUUGUGGACCCAAUGGGGCUUUAGCUGGCAGAGGUGGCUACCUCCCGAGCGACAUCUGCGUUUCAGCCCCCACCGGCAGUGGCAAGACAUUGGCCUUCAUCAUUCCGGUGGUGCAGGCCCUGUUGGACCGCGUUGUCUGCCAUGUACGGGCUCUGGCAGUCUUGCCCACCAAAGAGCUGGCUCAACAGGUGGCUAAAAUAUUCAACAUUUACACUGAUGGGACUGGACUGAAAGUUGUCCAGCUUACCGGACAGAAAUCUUUCGUGAAAGAACAAGAAUCCCUUGUUGAGACAACGCUGAUGGGAUUUCGUAGUCUGGCAGACAUUGUUGUAGCCACCCCAGGACGCCUGGUGGACCAUCUUCAGCAAAGUCCCCAGUUCAGCUUGCGAGAGCUUCGUUUCCUGAUCAUUGACGAAGCGGAUCGCAUGAUUGACAACAUGCAUCAGGAUUGGUUGCAGCAAGUAGUAGAGGCUAUGCACUGGGCAGAAGGGAGCUCUGGUCCUAGAAGGCUAUUCAGAAGGGUGCAGCCAAAUCCCUCCACAGCAGCCAGGGCUUGCUGCCCCCGGCUCCCUCUGCAGAGGCUCCUCUUUUCAGCCACUCUGACGCAGAACCCCGAGAAGCUGCAGCAGUUGGGUCUCUACCAGCCUCGCCUCUUCACACCAGCUCAGUCCAGGAAAGGGAGCAAUGUGCUCGGCUUUCAGUCAAGUGUCAGUGAAAAGUACAUUCUCCCCGAGGGACUCUCACAAUAUUAUGUCCCGUGCAGCAUGAAUUGGAAACCGCUGUUCCUCCUGCAUUUCCUGGUGAGACUGAAAUUCUCCCAAGUGCUGUGCUUCACCAACAGCAAAGAAACUUCGCACAGACUCUUCCUGCUAAUUCAGGCCUUUGGUGGAGUGAAGGUAGCUGAAUUUUCUUCAAAGCUGAGCCCGAGCAAAAGGAAGGUGACCCUGAAGGAGUUUGAGCAAGGCAAAAUCCAGCUUUUAAUCAGCACAGAUGCCACAGCUCGAGGAAUUGAUUUUGGCGGUGCGAAAUGUGUCAUUAGCUAUGAUGCCCCUCAGUUCAUCAGAACCUACAUUCACCGGGUGGGCAGAACAGCUCGUGCUGGGAAGGGAGGCCUGGCUUUUAGCCUGCUCCUCAAGCGGCAGGAGUAUAGGUUCCUAAAGAUGCUGAAGGAUGCAGGCCUUCCAGAGUUGCAGCCACAGCUGGUCAAGAGCACCUCCAUUCAGCCUCUCCUCCAGCAGUACGAAGCAGCCCUGGCCGAACUUGCACAGACUGUCAAGGAGGAGCAGGUUGGAAAGCGAUUUUAAGGCAGUCUGGAGAAAUGCUUCGUGUAUGCCCCAAGAUGCUGCGAACCAGCAGAACUGGAAUUUGGCCCCACACUCUUGAGGGCACAAUGCCUGGAAGCAGAUAUUCAUGAAGAGCAACUUGAGGGCCAAAGAAUGAAUGAAGUGACAGCCUGUUCUCACUGCAAAGCAGGAAGAAUAAUUCUCAACUCUUAAAAACAGAUUAAUAAAAGCCUCUCAGGGCAAAAGACUUCAGCCUUUGCCAGAGCAGUGCCACUUUCACGACCAACCCCAAACAAGUGCCCAGUCGCACAAAUUAGUAUUUGAAAUGGCUAAUCUCCAAAGUGUGGCAAACUAGUUGAGUCUAAGAUGUCCUUGUUGUUGAAAUAACAGUUAUGCUAAUGUUUGAUAUCCAGUCUGUUUCUAGCUAUGUCUCAACUACAAAAAUUAAACUACUUGAGUGCAUGCAUUCUGCUACUAAGCUGUACAGCAGUCCUUCGGGUUCAAAGGAGACACACUGUGGAGCAGAUCUUCUGUGGACAUGGAAGUUGCCCUGCAAUCUAGCGCAGCAGGGAUACUGCUCUGCAGUGGAAGCAGCUUAGCGCAGCAGGGACACCGGAGGUCUACUGUUUUUGUAACUGGAGGUGUUAUUCUGUGAUGCCGUUCACAGCUUUUCUGUCAGGUUUCCAUAUCGCCUGUCUUCAAAGCCAGUGGAGGCUUCGUAGCACAGAGUUCACCAGUGGGUUAGGUCAAAAACUGCAGAUUCUCCUUCCCUUGGCUGGAUGCCCCAGGGCACAGGGCUUCUUGCACAGCAUCUUCAUAGCCUUUGGGUGGUUGACCUUGGAUUCUAGUGCACUGUAGAACAACAGGUGAAGCCGUCUACUCUGAUUCCGUGGCCCAGCCAUCUCACCUGAGCUUUGGUCAUCAAGGACUCAAUGCUGGUGGAUUCUGCAUAAUCCAAGACCUCCAGGUCUUUCCAAAAAAUGCCCAGAUUGCACAGUGGUGCAUAUGACAUUUCUAUUACUUAAUUUAUUAACACUUCUACUUAAAGUGAAGGACGAGAUUUAAUAAAGGAGGACUUUAGGCCUGGCCUCUUCCCCUUAUUCAAGAAAAUAAAGACUCUUAAAACUUGGUAUUUCAAAAGGAGCCUUUUAUUGAAUAAAGGUGACAGGGCGAAAGAGAAAGCAGGCUCUUGAGGGGCCUCAGGCCAUGCAGUUAGAAUAAAGGAAUUAGAAACUCCUCCCAACAGUCCGAUGUGGAUUCAGCCAAUACACAGCUGUGAAGAUGUUGUUGUACUGGCUGCCCUGAGAAAGUGAUAAGGGAACUUUCU